UGCUCUGAAAUGAUUGCUCACAGUGGUGCAGGUUUUGCUGAAGUUCUGACACCAGUGUUAAAUGGAUGAAAGGAGUAUGUUGUCCCUGUGCUCCGUAGGAAUCCAGUGUUAUGGAGGAGGAGCAGAGUGACAUGAACGCCUGUAUUAAACCCCUUUUAUACACAGACAGUGACCUUACAGUCACUCCCAUCAUGGAUAACCCAAAGAUUUUAAAGACUUCUCCAGUUCGUUUUGACCCCAAAACGCUUUGUGUACCAGCACACCCAGCUGAGCGGUUGUCCUGUCUGAACUCAGAGGACUGGUCUCAGUUCCUGCAACAGGUGUGUGGUGUUCUGGAGUCAGUAGACCGGGCCGGAUCAGCCAAUGCCACAGCACCACGCACUAAACUCAACCUGCUCUGUUACUUGUGCACUGUCUGUAACCAUAGAGAGAUGGCCACACGCCUCAUACACUCCCAGCUG